UGUAUCAGUUGUCAACGUUCACAAACGUAACGCAAACAUUUUGUGCAUAGACUUGUGUCUGGUAGGUAUUUCCUUAAAGUUUUUAAGAAAAAAUGGGUUCUAGUAGUAAAAAAUACAAAGAAAAAGAGUGUCGUAAACGUCGGCAUCGUAGCCCCAGUUAUUCUGAGGAACAUGAGCCCCCGAAAGAGAAGCGCCAUCGCCACAAGAAACACCACAGAGACAGGAAACGCGAGAAGCCAAAACACGAUUACGAAAGCGAUGGCUCCGACGUCGUGGAAAUCAUCCCCGACGAUGAACCCUCUGGGUCUGGCCAGAACAGCGAAAGUCUCUCCAUUGACGAAACCAACAAACUUCGCGCAAAACUCGGCUUGAAACCCUUGGAAGUGCACACGAGUGAGAAGUCAGAUAAGAAGCGCGACGAUGGAAAAAAGAAGGAUGAUUGGGGCGAAUUUUAUCACAAGCCGGCGGAAAACUGGGCUGAUAAAGCCGAGAGGGAGAAGCUGCGGGCGAAACUUGCCACCGCGAAGGAGAAGAGGCAGAUGGAGUUGAAAAUGAACCGAGUGAAAACUUUGGGGGAUAGCGAUAGUGACGAUAAUGUGGAAAAUUGGGUUGAUAAGAACCGUAAGAUCGAUUUGGCUAAGAAGGAGGCAGAAAAGAGGGCGAAAAUGUUGGAGGAGUUGGACGAGCAGUUUGGGGUUAGCGAGUUCGUGGAGAACGAAAAGAGGGAGAAGAGAAGGCAACAAUACACGGAGAAGAAUCUGAAAGGGUUGAGAGUCGAACACGACAUUGAUAGUUUUGCAGAGGAGAGGGACGUGGUUUUAACGUUAAAGGACAAGGCGGUGUUGGAUGAGGACGAUGAGGAUGUUUUGGUGAACGUUAACAUGAUAGAUGAUGAAAAGUAUAGAAAGAACUUGGAAAAUAGAAAGAAAAGGAUUGUCUACAACGCAUAUGAUGAUCAAGAAUAUGAUAAAUAUGGAAACCCCAUUGACAAAUCACUGCUUUCUCAAUACGAUGAAACUAUAGAUGGAGAAAAACGGGAGAGUUUUAAAAUCGGUCACGACAAUAUCGCUGAAAGAAGACAAGCCGCCGUUCAAUCAAUCAAAGAGAAACUAGCCAAAAAGACUCUGGAAUCAAUUGAAACCAAAGAUCUGAAACUAGCUUCUGAAUAUUACAAUGAUGAAGAGCUUGCAAAGUUCAAAAAACCCAAAAAGAAAGUGCGCAAAAUUCGCGCAAAAGGAAAACUAACAGCUGAUGAAUUGGAACAACAGAUUAACAAUAAAGGGAUUGAAGAAGUGGGAUCGCGAAGACCCAAAAUUAAACCAGAUUUUGAAGAUCUUAAUAUUGAUGAUGUACCAGACAUUGAAAUCCCGACUGAUGUCAAGCUGGAGGACGACAAAGACGACAUUCUGGAAAAAGCGCUCCACAAAGCCCGCAAAAUUAAACAAAAGGAGAAUUUAGUUGCGCAAAUCUUGAAAGAAACACCGGUUAAAACAGAGCCUGAGGAAGGUCUUGACAAUGGAAAUAUUGUCUUGAAUGCCACUGCAGAGUUUUGUCGGACUUUGGGCGACAUUCCGACUUACGGUAAAUCGGGUAAUCGUGAAGAAUCCGAAGAUUUGUUGGAUUAUGAGAAAGAAUUGAAGAACGAGAUGGAGGUUGAUCAAAGCGACGAGGAAGAAAAAACCGGUUGGAAUUCAGUGGAUCCAAACGAGCCGCAUGAGGUCGCACAAAUCGCACCACAAGAAGUACAGAUUUUGGAUGAAGAACCAGAUGUCAGCACUGGUUUAGGCGCAGCGCUUAAGUUAGCAAUGAGUAAAGGCUACUUAGAUAAAGAACAGAUGAAGAGACCGUCAAACUCGAGAUUGGCGCAUCUUCAAGCUAAACAUUACUCAAUUGAAGACAAGACGUAUGGUGAUGAAGGGGAGAGGGGAGGGAAUCGGAGGGAACGCUACACUGGACCCAUUAUGGAAUUUAAGGAAAAGGAUACCUUCAAACCAAACGUUAAAUUGGAGUACAUUGAUGAUGAUGGGCAUGUUUUGAAUUCUAAAGAAGCCUUUAGAUAUCUGUCACACAAGUUUCACGGAAAAGGACCCGGGAAGAAUAAGAUCGAGAAAAGGUUGAAGAAGAGUAUCCAGGAACAACUAAUGAAGAAGAUGAGUUCUACGGAUACACCUUUAGGGACUUUGAAUAUGUUGCAGGCCAAACAAAAAGAGACACAGUCGCCGUUCAUUGUUUUAUCGGGAAAUAAGCAAAGUCAGUCUACUGUUAUUUCAAAAACGAGACGCUAGGUUUAGGGUUUUGUCUGUGUUAGUAUAUAAUAAUAAACUGGGUUUUAAGUUA